AUGGAAUACUUUAACGAACAAAUUCGAAUGAAUGGUCGCUUAAUGGAUAUCUCAAAUGGAGAUCCAAGUUUAAAGAUUUUUCCAAUAAAGUGGAGCUGGGAGCAGAACGGCGAAGCUGAUAUUGAAAAAUUGGAAGAUUUAGACCAAGGGUUAUUAUUGCUACACACUAGUGAACCACGAAAUUGCACAGUGAUGACCAAGAGUCGAGUCAAUCGCUAUCUUUCAGCGGAUGAAAAGGAUUCUUUGGAAGUAAACUCUUUUUGGAACAACUGUGAAGAAAUAGACCAACAAAGGGAGAGGAAGAGAAAGAUUUGGAAGAUAGAAUCUGCAGAUUGGGAUUAUCUUCACACACGCGAUCAACAACUAAGUAAACAUGUCAAGAUCAUCCGUGAAAAUAGAUGCAAGCAUCUUGAUCAAGAUGAGAUAAGGAGAAAGCUAGCAUGUUCUUCGUAUAGAUUCAUUUAUUAUGGUAAUCUUUAUUUGCCCUUUUAUUAUAAUCAAAAAUCUGAUGAUGAAGAAAGUUCAGAACCGAAAUCAGAUCUUGAUGAUAAUGAGAAA